AUGGGCCAGCACCAAUCUCGUCUCAUCGCCUUCAACCACAUGAGCGGCGAUCACAGCGGUCCCAACAUAUCCAACAACAUCUACGAGACUCUUCAGCAAUGGGAUAUCACUGGCCAAUCUGUCCAUUAUGAGGAGGAAGAUCUGAAACUCUGGAGGAAGACCGGGCCUGUUGGUAAGCUUCGUAACAUUGUUAAGUUCAUCAGGGCUUCCCCUCAGCGAUCUGAGCGAUUCAGGAAAGCAGCCCAAGAGGUUGAUGCUGGGUCAGACUUCGAGCUAUUCAGCCAGGGUUCCCAGGAGUCAUAUCUUCUUCUCAACAACGAGACGAGAUGGAAUUCCACCUACCUCAUGAUCCAUCGAGCUCUCCAGAAGAGGGCAGAGAUUGAGACCUACAUCAACUAG